AACUCUAGUGAACACAUUUUUUUUUUGUUGACAAAAAUGAAACGUGUAGUAGUAACCGGGAUCGGACUAGUUACCCCGUUGGGUUGUGGCGCUAACAAUGUUUGGAGUGCAUUUUUGGCUGGAAAAUGUGGCAUUCGAAGACUUGAGGGUCCUGAUUAUAACAAAAUAUCAUCCAAAGUAGCUGCUAGAGUUCCGGAAUUCAACGCUAGUGAAUACGUCGCCCCGAACGAAAUUCGUACCAUGUCCCCAGCUUCACUGUUUGCUUUAGCAGCAUCAAUUGAAGCUGUUCAAGAUGCUGGCAUUGGAGAGUUUGGUGACAUUCGAAAAAGAACCGGAGUUGCUGUAGGGAUGGGAAUGUCAGAUUUAGAAUACAUAAUUGAAACUGCUAACAUUUUAAAGGAUAGGGGUCCAUCAAAAAUUAGUCCUUACUUUGUACCACGAAUAUUAACAAACAUGGCUGCAGGGAUAAUAAGCAUCAAACAUGGCUUUAAGGGCCCCAACCAUUCGGUUUCAACAGCCUGUGCUACUGGAGCUCAUUCCAUAGGUGAUGCAACAAAUUUUAUUCGCCAUGGGAAUGCUACCGCAAUGGUGUGCGGAGGAACGGAAUCCUGUAUCUCACCCUUGAGCAUGGCUGGUUUCUCUCGUCUAAGAGCUUUAUCCACAAAAUAUAAUGACAUCCCCGAAAAAUCAUCCAGACCUUUUGAUGCACAACGCGACGGAUUUGUGAUGGGGGAAGGAGCAGGCAUUGUCUUUCUGGAAGAACUGGAUUCUGCUUUAUCGAGAAAUGCGAAGAUUUAUGCAGAGAUCUUGGGCUACGGCACGUCGGGAGAUGCUUCCCACCUGACGGCACCUUCAGAAGAUGGAAGGGGAGCCAUUCAAGCAAUGCAGAAUGCCUUGACGGACGCAAAGUUGUCGGAUGUCGACCGAGUAAGUUACGUUAACGCCCAUGCAACUUCAACUCCUUUGGGUGAUGCCAUCGAAGUGGGCGCCAUAAAUCAAGUAUUUUCCUCGCACGGUCAAGAAAAGCCGUGGGUUAGUUCGAUGAAAGGUUCCCUCGGCCACGGGCAAGGCGCAGCUGGAGCCGUCGAAGCAAUCUUGGCAAUCUUGGCUCUCCAUCACGCUAUUUUACCUCCGAACCUCAAUCUUGACAAUCCUGAUCCUUCGUUGCUCGAUUUAGUUCGGUUUACACCUAGUCAUCUAUCGCACUGGCCACUGGAGCCCGGCCAACAUCGCCGCAUUUUACUAAAAAAUUCCUUCGGUUUCGGUGGAACCAAUGCUAGUUUGUGCAUCGCAUCUUUUUCGCCAUAAUUGUAAUUAUUCCAUAAUACCUUGAUGCAAAUAAAUCUGUGAAUUUAGA